AUGGAUGACGUGUUGUCUGGAGCAUCAACAGAAGAGAAAGCUACCAGAUUGCGUAAAGAGGUGUCGGAAUUAUUGAAGAAAGGUCAGUUUCAUCUACGGAAGUGGCGGACAAACAGUAGCAGAAUAUUAAGCGAUAUAAACGAAGUAGAACAUAACGAUAAGUUUUUGAAGUUAGACAAAGAAGGAGCUUUGAAAGUUCUCGGACUAUUAUGGGAGGCCGACACAGAUACUAUUCAAUAUUCCGUCGACACUUCUGAACAGGAUACCAUUACGCGAAGAAUCAUAGUGUCUCAAGUGGCGCAAAUAUAUGACCCACUAGGUCUACUAGGACCAGUCUUGAUACAAGGAAAUCAGUCUCAAAACUUUGAUCUCGUUGGGUUUGGAGACGCUUCCGAGAGAGCAUAUGGAGCUUGUCUGUAUGCUAUAUCAGAGAAUGACGAAGGCAAACGACAAUCAGUCUUGAUUUGCUCAAAAAGCAAGAUAGCACCUCUGAAAACAACAUCAAUACCUCGAUUGGAGUUGAACGCAGCUCUCAUGCUGUCCAAAUUGACUACGGCAGUAGUACGAGCAUUCGGUGAUAGAAUUAAACAGAUUCAUCUGUGGAGCGAUUCCAGCAUCGUGCUUUAUCAAAUUAAGACCAGUCCGAACCUGUUAAAGACUUAUGUAGCGAAUCGUGUGGCUAAAAUUCAAGAAUGGUUAAAAGGCGCGAGUUUAACUGUAUCGGAGUGGAAGAAUAAUUCUCUCUGGUGGCAUGGACCGACAUGGAUCAUCGACGCAAAGAAAUGGCCUAAACAGAUAUUAUCGACACAAAACUCGGAGCAACUAGAAUUCAAAAGGACAGUGGCAGUAGUGCAGGUUCAAUCGGAGUACAGUCUUUUAAGAAGAUAUUCAAGUUACGAUAAGUUGUUGAGAAUCACCGCUUAUUUGUUGCGUUUUAAAGAAAAUUGCAAACAAUCGAAUAGAAAGAUGACAGGACCAUUAGCAGUAAACGAAUUGAAUCAAGCGGAAAUUGCUAUCAUUAAAUUAGUGCAAGCCGAAGCUUCUUCCAUCGAAAUAACAGCACUUAUUAAUAAACGUGCAAUCUCCAACAGUAGUAAGCUGAUUGCGUUCCACCCGUUUUUAGAUAAAGUUGGUAUUCUUCGGGUUGGAGGGAGAUUACGACAUGCGCAUUUAUCAGAAGAUCAAAAGCAUCCGGUGAUAUUACCUUCGAAAAAUCCCGUUACUACUUUAAUCAUUAGAAAAGAGCACAAACGAUUAAACCAUAGCAGUACCAAUCAACUGCUAUAUGUCCUAAGGCAACGCUUUUGGAUACUACAAGGACGAAAGGAAGUCAAGAAGAUGAUUAAAGGUUGCAUGACAUGUUUUCACCUUAAGCCGGAAAGCAGAGAUAUACUAAUGGGUGCUUUACCUAAAGAAAGAAUUUGCGGAAGUCUUCGAGCGUUCGUCAACACAGGAACCGAUUACGCAGGUCCAUUUUUGAUUCGAGAAAGACGUCGAAGAGGUCGACCCAUUACUAUAAAAGCAUGGAUAGUCAUCUUCUUAUGCUGCGCGACCAAAGCCGUGCACUUAGAACUCGUGUCAGAACUCACAACCGAAGCAUUUUUGGCGGCAUUGCGACGUUUCGUAGCCAGACGUGGAAUUUGCAAACAGAUUCUAUCCGAUAAUGGAACGAAUUACGUAGGAGCUGAAAGACAUCUCAGAGAAGUAUACGAGUUUCUUCAGAAGGAACAAGACACCAUUACUCGAUACCUAACACAGCAACGAAUUCAAUGGCAGUUCAUGCCUCCAAGGGCUCCCAAUUUCGGAGGAUUGUGGGAAGCAGCUGUGAAGGUGGUUAAGAAGCACUUCUAUGCAGUAACUCAGAAACAGCUUUUAACUUUCGAAGAAUUUUAUUCCAUUUUGACCGAAAUCGAAGCCAUCAUGAAUUCCCGACCACUAUGUCCGAUGUCAGAAGAUCCGCAAGACCUGACAGUUAUAACUCCAGCACAUUUUCUAGUUGGGGAUUCUCUGAUCUUACCUGUAGAAGAGAAUUUUGCAGGCACAUUCGAAAAUCGUCUAUCCAGGUGGCAACUCUUGCAGAAGAUGAGGCAAAGCCUCUGGGCACGAUGGCAGACGGAGUAUCUACAAGAACUACAGCGUAGGCAUAAGUGGAUUGUUCCCUUGGAAAAUCUGCGACCAGGAAUGUUGGUUCUACUUAAAGAAAAGAACCUACCACCCCUGCAAUGGGAAACAGCUCGUAUUACCGAACUUCACUGCGGAAGUGACAAUAUCGCUAGAGUCGUGACAGUAAAAACGCACAAAGGACUUUUAAAGAGAGCAGCUAGGGGAGUCUGUCCUCUUCCUCUGUAUGAUAGCGAGUAG